AGUUUGGUUUCCCAACAGGACAAUGAUUUCAAACACACAUGGAUAAGGAAGGCUAGCAUAAACUUUCUUGAAUGGCCUGAACUUUGAACCUAUUGAAAACUGAUGAGGUAUGCUUAAAAACUGAGUCACAUCAGGAAACCUACCAGCUCAUAGGAACUUUUACCCGAUUGGACUGUUUUCCUAAAAUAGACAAAGACGGUACAAGUGGAAGAACUUGCAGGAUGGACCUACGGCACUUAUUUCUGUGUGUCUUAUUAGCAUGGCCCAGAGGAAAACUCCCGACACUUGGAGCAGCCGAGAAGCCCCCGUGGUUUCUCCUGAUGUCCACACACUCGGCCCUGUGUGCUGGAUUCCCGACAUUAGGAAUCCUGGAUCGCUCCGUGGCUAAGUGCGCUUGAGAAAGGUCAUCGUUGUGCCACCAGCCUCUGUGCCUCGUCGCUCAGUGGCAGCACUUUGGCUGAAAGCGGAGGCAACCGUCCCACAUGAGUGCUUCAUGAGGAGGGCCAAAGCUGCCCAGAAAGGGCAGCCGCUCCAGCUGCAGCUCUGCGAGGCAGCCGCAGACAGACACAACACACACACAGACACUUUGACACUUGUGUAUUUAAGAUCCCUCAAGGCAGGGUCACUGAUUAACGGCCGCACUCGUGCUCCGAAAUGUGUGCACGCAUUGCUGCGCAAAGACUAAUAAACCAUCUCUGUUUGGUUUUCAUGAGUAGAGAAAACAAUAUUUUCUUCUUCUUUUUUGGGGGGCGUGGGGUUAGCAUUCCUCUGCUUAACAAACUGAUGAAUGUUCGCAGUGGUUAAAGUAAGCUAAUCUCUGAUAUGAAAUGAUGUUUUCACAUCAGCAGCCGCUCACUUUAGGAGAUUCCAUAACACAGCAGAGGGGGGAAGUGACAAAGGCUCCAGAAGAGCUAAUGACCGGUGAGUAGAUGCAGCUGGGAAGGGGAGCAGAGUGGCAGGCUGAGAGAAAGAUGACAGAUAAACAUGACUAAUACUAACACAUGGUACGUCGGUUUUGAUAUGCUUGUUUUCGUGUUUGCGCCUUUAUGACUGACUUUGUUAUUUUAAUGUCUGUGACACUUGCUUACAAAGGAGAGAACUAAAAAAAUAAAACCUCACACUGACAUAACAAUGAGAAACACAGAGGAAACGAGUGCAAAGCACAAACAAUGUGAAUAAAUGAACUAACACGAGGGGAAAAUACAAAAUGGGGAGAUAUAAUCAACAAAUUAGGAGCGUAAAUGUAAAAGCAAAGUACAGAUGGUGACACUGUGUCUUCAUUUCCCCAGUAAUUCAGAGUUAUGCGCUAUUUUGUGUUCAUAAAAUCCCACAAAAUCUGCGACUCGUAUGUAACAAAAAGUAAAAAAAAUAAAAUAAAAAAAAUCCAAGGUGUGUAAAUACUUUUACAAUACGUUGUGUCUGUCUGUAGUGUCUGUCGUCGGCUUUUAUGACACCACCUACACUAUAGAUUUUUAAAAAAUAUAUAUAUUUACAAAUUUAACAAAUAAAACAGUCUAAUCCAUUUAUCCAAUGUGUUGUUUUUUUUUCUUAGUGUAAAUGGGAAGACAACCGCGGCACGCAUCGGUGUUCCUGAAGAGGCUCAGUGAAUGAUGAUAGUAGGCCAGACAAGCAUCCUGUGAAGCUCAGAGGUGGUUGUCUGCCUGCCUGCCCUCUCCACCUGCUGUUGGAGCAAGUUUCACAGUUUGCAGUGCCUGCUCUUAAUCCCCCCCCUCCAAGCACUUGAACCCUGCAGGAUGGGGCUCUCCCUCUGAGCACCAUCAUCCUCAGCAGCAGCAGCAGGAGCAGCACGAUGAAGGCGCAAAACGUCAGGACUCUCUUCCUCAUCCUCUCCGUUGUUUUCUACCUGCUCGUCGGAGCCGCCGUGUUCGACGCGCUGGAGACGGAGAGCGAGAGCUCCCGGAAGAAGGCCCUGGAGCAGAAACUGGGCGAGCUGAAGAGAAAGUACGGCUUCCUGGAGGAGGACUACCGGGAGGUGGAGAGAGUCGUCCUGCAGUCGGAGCCGCACCGCGGCGGCAGGCAGUGGAAGUUCUCCGGCUCUUUUUACUUCGCCAUCACGGUCGUCACCACGAUAGGUUACGGCCACGUCGUUCCUCGCACCGACGCCGGCAAGACCUUCUGCAUGUUCUACGCGGUCCUGGGAAUCCCUCUGACUCUGGUCAUGUUCCAGAGCCUGGGGGAGAGGAUCAACACGCUGGUCCGCUGCCUCCUGCGCAGAGCCAAGCGGGGCCUGGGCCUCAGGGAGACCGAGGUCUCCAUGGGGAACAUGGUGCUGGUGGGGCUGCUGUCCUGCGUCGGCACCCUGUGCGUCGGGGCCGCCGCCUUCUCGCACUUCGAGGACUGGACCUUCUUCAACGCCUACUACUACUGCUUCGUCACGCUCACCACCAUCGGCUUCGGGGACUUGGUCGCCCUGAAGAAGACGGACGCCCUGCAGAGGCGGCCGCCCUACGUGGCUUUUUGCUUCGUGUACAUUCUGGUCGGACUGACGGUCACGGGAGCUUUCCUCAACCUGGUGGUGUUGAGGUUUCUCACCGUGAGCUCUGACGUGAGGACCGCCGAGCGGGAGGACGAGCAACUUUUGAAGGAGGAGGACGAGUCGGAUGCUGCGGACGGAGGAAGCGGCCGGUUCACUCUUCCGGUGGAGGAGGAGGGCGGCAGCUGCGUGAGUCUGGUCUCCUCUAAUUCAGACGACCUCAGACUCAUCGAACCGGAGCAUUCCGAGCUUCCCAAACCCAACAGACUCGGGGAUCUGAUCUGCUGCUGGUGGUGCCGUGGGCUGGCGGUGUGCGGCAGCAGCUCUGACCUGCAGCAGGAACACACGGGCGGCCAUAGCAACCCCGUGUUUUACACCUCCAUCUCCUACAGGGUGGACCGGGUCUCCCGCAGCUCCCACGCUGCCUCACCACAUGCCUCCUCCAGCCCCGUCGCUCUCUGCUGGGAGAGGAACUAUCGUCGCAGCAGACGGAGGUCCCUCUGACACAGGAGCUUUUUGUGACAGAUGAAACCAUCAAAGGCUCAGACUUCCUUUGCUUUCAAGUGUAGCACUAAGUGACCUGAGAAAUAUUUUUCUACACUGAACAGUUUGAAUGCUAAAGACAUGUGUGCCACUUCGAAGAGUUCUUUCUGUGUUUCUCUUUUCUUUUUCUUUUUGUUAAACUUUUCAAAUGAUCAUUUCAUUUGCAAAAGAAAAACAUAACUCGGCCUGGCCUGAAGUGAAAAAGCAAUCGCUCCUCAAUCCUACCAUUAACUUAGUCUUUUACUUAAUUUCUGAGAAAUUUUGGUCGACUCUUUCCAGAAAACUUACAUUCAAGCCAAGUUGGAGGGCUUCUAUCAUAAAUAGUCUGCUUAGUGUCACGCUGCAACAUUUCGGCUUUAAGUCCAGACUGGACAGACUUACUCCAAAACCUCUGUUUGACCUGCUAGUGCACUUUGGACCCUGUCCCACAGCAUAACCUAAACACGUUGCAGCUCAAGGUCAGAAAUGAAUGGCUUUGAAUUUUCUUGUGGAAUAGUGCAGAAAUAUCCUUUAUUGUCACACGAUGGGAAAAUUCACAAAACAGACAAAAAAAAAGAGACUUUACAACAUAAGAAAACAAUACUGCACAGUUAUUCAAUUCAACAUUGCACUCUACAACUGAGUAGGGUCAUUUAAAAAAAAAAGAAAAAAAGUGUGCCAAAUGUGCAUUCAUAGUUGAGCAUUAAAAGGGCAGUAGCACCGUGAAGUAACUAUGUUGCCUUCAGUUUUUAUAAGAAUGCUGUACAUAUCAGAUGUGACCUAGGAGAAAUUUGAAUUUGUAAUUUAACACCUUGAAGUUGUGCCUGUCUCUUUAAAAACUCCUGCUCUUUCUGUAACUCCUCCUCUAUUAUAUGGCUCCCCUAUUAACCCUCUUGACAACAUUUUUACCAGCUCAGAAGCUUAGAAACUGCAGCUCAGAGGAGGAGAGCCGUCCUCGAAGGCGGGGCUAGGUCCACCCGGGCGUUUUGCACAGCUGAAUGGUUGCCAUGGGAGAUUAAAGCAUUUCUCAAACACGCAUGAAGGGAUCAAGGCAACGCUCCAGGUCUGUUUCUGAUGAGAGAAUAACGUAAAAGCACGAUGUAAUGCUCAAAAAUGUUCAUUUUGCACAAUAUUGCGCCUUUAUAAACAACAACCAACUAUUUACAAGAAAUGGAAAAAGAGCAAGUAAUCACAGCGAUGUAAACAGUUGUGGAGCUUGUUAGGAGGAGUGAUGGUUCUGAAGGUAGUCUCUGGGAGGAAGGACCUAAGGUAGCGGUCCUCUUUGCACCAAGGAAGAAAAAGUUUGUGAAGGAGCUGUUGUCCAGUUGUAGUUUUAGGAUUUUGUGCUGCAGAGCAGAAUUAUUGGUUUCUGGUCCCUAAGCAGCCAAAAAAACAACAACAAAACAAAAAAACAACAGAUCAUCAAACUAUUUACACCUCGCUCAACUCUCAGUAUGUUUUUCUUUAUUCUGAAAUGCUGUCCAUAUUUCCCCCUUAAUAAAUAAAAUCAUCUUUUGAGAA